GUCCCCGUUAUUAUUAUGGUUAGUCUAAAAAUACAGCGCCCAACGUGAGCAACACCACGGGCCAUUCGGGAGGUAGAUUUCGUAUUAGUUUGCGCUAUAAUCCAAAAGAAAAGGGGCAGGAGCAGGAGCCAGGUCGUCAAAUCAAAAUAUGCCACCCAAGCGCCCGCCGCCUCUCGUGCCGAAGAAGCCGAAUCCCAGCAUGAACUACGAGGUGUUGAUCUACCUCAAUUCGUUCUACUUCGGCAUGUUCGCAUGCUGCGAGAUGGCCAUGGGUCUGCUGAAGGCCAUCAAUCUGAGCUACACUGGCCACUCUCUUGCGCUGGACACCGGAGUGAUGAUUGCCUUCAUUGUCUUCGAAACUGUUCGACUGAUAAUGGGGCGUAUGAGUACUCUGGCUGGGCGAGGUUGUUCAGCAAUAUUGUCGGUGUUCAUGACCGUUCCCUGCUUCAUUGGCGUCUCCUAUCUGCUGCUCCUGCAGACCUAUCGACUGCGCCUGGAGUACUGCCUGUGCACGCUGCAGAUCGCCCUUUACCUGACCGAGGUGUGGUAUGCCAUCGUCUUCGUUUUCUCACUGUGUCGUCCAGUUACCUACGAUUAAUCGUCCCAUAGCAAAAAGCAGCAAACGAAUAUAUAUAUUAGUUGCUAGCUAAAUUUUAAAACAUUUACAAGACCAGACAGAAUAUAAACCAAGGAUAGUAACCAGAUUUAGGCAAGCCGACUUGCUCAUGGCCUAGAAAAAUGUUAAUGCGUACAGACAAGAAAGCAUAUGUAAGAAAUUACUUCUUUUGUAUAGUAAGGUUUGUAAUAACAGAUACACACAUACAUAUAUUCAACGGUUUUAUAUACAAAAAUUGUUAACAUUUAAGCAUCAAUUGGAACCAAUAUAAGACAGAAAAUUAAAUUUAACCUUGAAUAAUUUUCACAUUUUAAAGAUGAAAUUUUUUUAUAAAAAAUCAAAAGAGAAAUAUUAAAAAAAAAAACAAACAAAUUUAAAACAAAAAAAAAAACAGUUUACAAGAUUUAGAAAAAUAUCUUGAAUGUUUAGAAGAAAUGUAAAAUAUAUUUAAGAAGGGUAGCCAGACGCCGUAAUGUUCGCUUCGAAUCACAGAAAAAAUUGGUUAACAAUAGACGUAACAAAUAGUCUCUUAAAAAGUCAUCCAUAUAGAACAAAGCAUUCAAAAUUUGUACUACAAAUUUCAUAAAACAAGAAUCACAGCCCACGAAAA